CCCCGUGCACGUGGAGAGGCCCACGCGACACCAGAGGGUGUCUGUGCCCAGGGCGAUGCCCAGCCGGACCGUGGCUGUGGUCUCGCUGCCACUGGUGGUGCCGCGAACCUGCGGCAGGUUUGGCUGUGCACCCUUGGAACGUGCCCAGGCUGGGGGACAGAGGGACAGCCAGGUCUGGCCCCUUGGCCUCUCCUGAGCCAGAAGCUCGUGGGUGACCUUGAAGCUGAGCAGCGGCCCCAGUCCGAAGACAGGUUGGCAGCGGGGUGGCUCUUCCCAGGAGAUGGACAGAGUCACCAGACAUCUGGUGUUCCAGCUCCCACAGGCCUCGCACAGGCCUGACUCCAGCGAUGGGCACCAGACCGGCUCGCUGGCAGAGCUGAGGGCUGACAGUGACGACGAUGUCUUUGGCUCCACUCAACACAGCACCCAGAGGGUAGAAAAUGGCUAUGGCUGGAAGAGGAGGUCCCAGUCACCCUCAUAUUUCCUGGAGGGUGGAAAAGAUGUCUGGACCCCGUCCCCGGACAGAGAGUCCAAGCUGGAGGUGGUGAAGUCGGGAAGCCUGUACGACCUCAGGGCUUACAGGGGUGAGAGGAAACCCUCGAAGCUCUAUGAUGAGGAGGAACAGGACGUGUACAGGGUCCCUCCACCCAACAUCUCACCCGAGAAAGCCAGGGAGCUUGAGGAUGAGAGGAGGGAGGUCAUCCGGAGCCAGGUGAUGAGGAAGAGCUCCACCAUUGCUGAGAGGUGGAGCUCCAUGGAUGAGCUGAGCUCCAUCAACACUGGCAUGGGCAGCCAGGGUGAAGGCAGGCAUGCAGGCAGUGUCACCACCAGCUUUGCCAUCAGCUUUGACAAACCUUCCCCAGGUAGGGCUGCGACACCUGUGGACCCUGACAAUAUCGACACAGAGCAGAUCAACUUCUCCGCGGCUCGGCAGCAGUUUCUGAUGCUAGAGAAGUCCAGCCCAGGCUCUUUUUUCAGCCCAGGGCAGCAGGCCAUAUCCCCUAAGCCAGAGUCAGUGACAAAAGUCUCCAGGGAAGAGUGGCAUAGCCCUGAGAUGGCCACGAAGGCUGUGAGAGGUUAUGGUAGUGCCGGUCCAUCAAGCCAGAGCAGGAGGGACAAGAGCGUUUACCAGGUUUACAAUGUGUCCUACAAGACACCCGAGAAGGAGGAGGUUUCUACUCCCAGAAAAGCUCACAUUGAAAGGUCAUAUCCCAUUGUGAAAAUGUCCAGCCUGACCAAAGCAUUGUCCAGAGAGGACCUGGACUCCGGCUUGGGUGAGAUGUAUAACGAAGCCAACACAGGCUAUGGCAGUGAUGGAAGUGCCUCCAAUGAGACCUUCAGUGGCCUCGUGGAUCUGAGGGCUGGCAGCAACGGGCUGGGCAAGGAGACGAAGGUCAGCAGUGAGACGCCCAUCGAGCGGGAGAUCCGCAUGGCGAUGGAGAGGGAGGAGAACCUCUGGAAAGAGAGGGGUAUCCAGCGGCUGACCUCCAGCAGCGAGCUGGUGGAGAUCCAGACCAAGCCUGUCCUCGCCCUUCAUGGCUCUCCCGGCCCAGGCAGGAAAGGGAAGGACAGAGGCCGUGCUUCCCUUUACGUCCAGAGGGAAAUUGAGCAGGAAACCAAGCGAGAGGAAGAUCUGAAGAGGCAAGGGAGGCUUCUGGGGGCGUAUGACAGGGGGACGCAUCAGGAGCUGGACGAGCGCAGGAGGGUGUUUGAGCAGGAGGAAGCCCCCCCGCAGAAGUCCAUGGCCCCAAGGCAGGCAGAGGAGCGGAGGAGCUGGGUUAAGGAGUUUGUGGUGGAGCAGCCCUCGGGCCCCAGCCCCACGGAAGACACCAGGGACAGGAGAAGCAGUCCCAGCUACACAGCGAGCAUCGCACACUUCCAGCUGUCCCAGCCGCGCUUCACCGCCAGCGAGAGGAGCCGGGAGAAGCCCUCGGUGUCCCAGCACGCUUCCGCCAGUGCCAGCAAAUGGGGGAGCAAGGAUUCCUGGGGAGGGAAGCUUCCCGGCUCCACCCCAAGCCCCACCGGCACUGCUGUCCUGCCCAGAGAGUACUUCUCCCUCUCCUUCUGGAAGCCGAAGGUCUCCUUCGCGGAGGACAUGGGGACGCAGAGCCCGCUGCGGAGGGAGGACGGCCGGGAGGAGCAGUACCGGCUGCGGACCUGGAAGCCCCAGACGUCUGCACUGAUUGAGGAGGAGAUCCGGAGCGACCUGCAGAGGGAAGAGGAGCUGCAGGAGCAGCGGCGGCGGCUGAUGAACAACUACAGAGACAGUGUUCCCCAGGAGGGCUCCCGCUCUCGGCACAGCUCCGCUGCUUCAGGUGCCAGUGGCAGCUACUCGGUGUCUGGGUCUCCUGUCUCCACUCCUGCCUCACACCAGACGGGGAUCCUGGGGCUGAUGUCGUCCUUCACCCCACUGAGAAUGGCCAGUUCCUCCCAGGGCAGCACGGAGACCCCCACCCCGGACUCGUCACGUUCCAGCCCCUGUGAAGAGAGGAGGAGGAGGGUGAAGGAGGAUGGAAAGUACGCAGGCAUAGAACCCAUCGACAAGGUCAACACAGAGGUGGUGGAGAGCACCCGAGUGAUCCGUCACAAGAGCGCCAUGGCCCAGCGCUGGGAGGCCGGGCAGUACGUCCGCGACGAGGACUGAGGGACCCCUGGGCCGGGGGCUCACCCUGUUUGGGAUCGACUGACUCGUGACCAAAACACCCAAUCAGUUCCACCCCUGGCCACUGCAACAACUGGAGACAUGUACCCUGCAAAUCAAUGUGGUUUUUUGUCACUGAUAAUCCUUCCAUGCAAUAGAUCUGCUCCUUCCUCCCCCUCCCUGUGGGGGAACACUUUUUUUUAUUUUCUUAAGAGAGGAAAAAUUGGAUCAGUACUUUUUAAUCACUUCCACCUGGAGUCAGCCAGGUGAAAUCAUCCGGUAAUUCACUUUGCCCCUUGGGAACUGUGUCUCUGGCUUACAAAAAAGCUGUUUUAUUUCUCAGUGAUUUCAGGUUUUUAGGUCCCACGAGGCCGGGCAUCGCCUCAGGGAUACCUGGACUGAGGCCUCUGGAUCAGCAUUGCCAUGAGACUGGGGAAUCAACACUGGCUUAGCUCCUGUGAUCCAUGGAGACGCAGCAAUUGAAUAUAAAUAUAUAUAUAAAUGCUGUUUAUUUUGCUAAUUUAUUAAAGAGUUGUUGCUCUCUUGUUCUUCC